UUUUCUAACCUUUAUUAUUUGAUUUUGUUUUUAAUUUAUGGUUUUUACUUUGAUUUUUAAAAAGAUAAACGGGUAAAGCGAUUUAUUUAUACAUAAAAUAAAGCUAAACAGGGAGCUAAAUCAGGGUAAAUUUGAAAAUGUCUGUUACGCUGCAUACAGACGUCGGCAAAAUCAAAAUAGAGUUGUUUUGCGAAAGCUGCCCAAAAGCCUGCGAGAAUUUUCUGGCCUUAUGUGCCAGCGAUUAUUACAAUGGAACAUUGUUUCACAGAAACAUCAAAGGGUUUAUAGUACAGGUAGGAGAUCCUACAGGAACAGGUAAAGGGGGAACAUCAAUUUGGGGAGAUAAGUUCGAAGACGAGUUUAAAGAACAACUAAAGCAUAAUGUUAGAGGUAUUGUUUCGAUGGCAAAUAACGGGCCAAAUACGAAUGGAAGCCAGUUUUUUAUAACUUAUGCUCCUCAGCCACAUUUAGAUUUAAAAUACACUAUAUUUGGAAGGGUUAUAGAUGGUUUAGAAACAUUAGACGAAUUAGAAAAACUUCCUGUAAAUUCCAAAAACUACAAACCUUUGAAUGAAACAAGAAUAAACAGUGUAACGAUACAUGCCAAUCCUUUAGCUGGUUAAGAAUAAUUAGGAGUUGAAAUUAAAUACUAUUUUUGUAAAUAAAUACAGCCAAUAUACAGA